UUCUUUUUCUCAUUUCUAUUUCUAUCUCUGUACAUCAUCCCAUAAUUCAUCGCUAUCUCUCUCUCUCUCUCUCUCUCUCUCCCAACAAAACCAUACCAUACAUCAUAACGCAUAGCCACAGCUUUUCUCUGUCUCUGUAAUAUUUCAAAUCUCAUAAAGAAAUUCCACCUUCUCUAUAAAGUUAUAUGAGAGAGAAACCCACAUACAGCAAUCAAUAAUUCACUUUUCUUUUUAUUUUUUUAUCAUCUCCUUCACUCUUUAUCGCCAGCUCUGCUACCUCGUCCUUUCUCAUUGCUCUCUCUCUUCUCCCCACAUAAACCGUAUCAUCAUCACCAUAAACACGUUGACACGCACACAGACAUACAGAGAGAUAGAUUUCCGGCAGGCUCUUGUACUUUCCAGAUAGCAGAAAGCAGAUAGCUGGAGUUUUUAAACAUUACUUUGACUUUUCAGUAGAAUCAGUUUUAAGGAGUAUUUCAUACAAUGUCUAGCUCUACAAAAGCUUUGGAUCCUGCAUUUCAGGGAGUUGGCCAGAGACCAGGGACUGAAAUUUGGCGAAUUGAGAAUUUUCAGCCAGUUCCACUACCGAAAUCUGAUUAUGGAAAAUUCUACAUGGGAGAUUCUUACAUUGUCUUACAGACAUCGCCUGGCAAGGGGGGCGCUUAUCUGUUUGACAUACACUUCUGGAUUGGAAAAGAUACGAGUCAGGAUGAAGCUGGAACAGCAGCUAUCAAAACUGUCGAACUUGAUGCUGCUCUUGGAGGGCGCGCUGUUCAGCACAGAGAACUACAAGGCCAUGAGUCUGACAAAUUUUUGUCUUAUUUCAAACCAUGUAUCAUACCAUUAGAGGGUGGUGUUGCAUCUGGUUUCAGAACACCUGAGGAAGAAGUAUUUGAAACACGGUUAUAUGUGUGUAAGGGAAAACGUGUUGUGAGAAUGAAGCAGGUUCCCUUUGCCCGGUCUUCACUGAAUCAUGAUGAUGUGUUUAUCUUGGACACUGAGAAGAAGAUCUAUCAAUUCAAUGGUGCAAAUUCUAAUAUCCAGGAAAGAGCCAAGGCUUUGGAAGUAAUUCAAUUUUUGAAGGAAAAGUAUCAUGAUGGGGUGUGUGAUGUUGCAAUUGUUGAUGAUGGGAAGUUAGAUACUGAGUCAGACUCAGGUGAAUUCUGGGUUCUUUUUGGUGGUUUUGCUCCAAUUGGCAAAAAAGUUCUCAGUGACGAUGAUAUUGUCCCAGAGGCCACCCCUGCUAAACUAUAUAGUAUCACCAACGGUGAGAUAAAGGCCGUAGAAGGUGAAUUGUCCAAAGGCAUGUUAGAAAAUAACAAAUGCUAUCUACUGGAUUGUGGCGCUGAAAUAUUUGUUUGGGUUGGUCGUGUAACACAAGUGGAUGAGAGAAAAGCUGCCAGCCAGGCCGCUGAGGAAUUUGUUAAAAGUCAAGGCAGGCCAAAAGCUACUCGUAUAACUCGAGUUAUUCAAGGUUAUGAGACACAUUCUUUCAAAUCAAACUUUGGUUCCUGGCCGGCUGGAUCAGCAGCUCCUGGCGCUGAAGAGGGUAGAGGAAAAGUAGCAGCUUUGCUGAAGCAACAAGGUGUUGGUGUCAAGGGUGCCAGCAAAAGUACUCCUGUUAAUGAGGAAGUACCACCUUUGCUUGAAGGAGGUGGAAAGAUGGAGGUGUGGUGCAUCAAUGGUAGUGCUAAGACUCCAUUGCCCAAGGAGGAUAUUGGUAAAUUUUAUAGUGGGGAUUGCUAUAUCAUACUUUAUACCUACCACUCAGGUGAUAGGAAAGAAGAUUACCUUUUGUGCUGUUGGUUUGGAAAGGAUAGCAUAGAGGAGGACCAAAAAAUGGCUGUUCGGUUGGCCAGUACAAUGUCAAACUCACUAAAGGGCAGACCUGUUCAGGGUCGCAUUUUUCAAGGUAAGGAGCCACCACAGUUUAUUGCACUUUUCCAGCCAAUGGUACUCCUCAAGGGUGGUUUGAGUUCUGGAUACAAGAAACAUAUAGAAGAUAAAGGAUUGACGGAUGGAACUUAUACAACAGAUUGUGUCGCACUCUUUCGGAUAUCAGGGACUUCCCCUCAUAAAAAUAAGAUAGAACAAGUUGAUGCGGUGGCAACAUCAUUGAAUUCUACACAGUGUUUCCUUCUACAAUCUGGCUCUUCAAUUUUCUUGUGGAAUGGGAAUCAAAGUACUUUUGAGCAGCAGCAAUUAGCCACUAAAGUUGCUGAAUUUUUGAAGCCUGGAGUUACUUUAAAACAUGCCAAAGAAGGAACUGAAAGCUCCGCAUUCUGGUUUCCACUUGGAGGCAAACAAAGUUACACCAGCAAAAAAGCUUCUGCAGAAAUUGCAAGAGAUCCCCACUUGUUCACCUUCUCUUUCAAUAAAGGAAAAUUUCAGGUUGAGGAAGUUUACAACUUUUCUCAAGAUGAUUUGUUGACUGAGGACAUUUUGAUUCUUGAUACACAUGCUGAAGUAUUUGUUUGGAUCGGUCAAUCUGUUGAUCCGAAAGAAAAGCAAAAUGCCUUUGAUAUUGGCCAGAAAUACAUAGAAAUGGCUGCAUCUCUUGACGGUUUGUCUCCAAAUGUGCCACUGUACAAAGUUACUGAAGGAAAUGAACCAUCAUUCUUCACUACAUACUUUUCGUGGGAUACCUCAAAAGCCAUGGCUGCAGGGAACUCAUUCCAAAAGAAGGUAGCAUUACUCUUUGGUGUAGGACAUCAUGCUGCAGAGGAAAAGUCUAAUGGAAAUCAAGGGGGACCAACACAAAGAGCUUCUGCUUUAGCUGCAUUAUCUUCUGCAUUUAAACCAUCUUCUGGAAAGUCAUCCCCUUCAGCUCAGGAUAGGUCCAAUGGGUCAGGAGGACCAACACAGAGAGCUUCAGCUUUAGCUGCCUUGAAUUCUGCAUUUAGUUCAUCCUCUGGAAGCAAAACUACUGCUUCGAGGCCAAGUGGACCUAGUCAGGGAUCACAAAGAGCUGCAGCUGUAGCUGCUCUAUCGCAAGUUCUUACUGCUGAAAAGAAGAAAACACCUGAAACCUCUCCAUCACGCAGUCCUCCUCCUGAAUCUACUGAAGGAAAGAGUGAAAAUUCACUUUCUGAAGUGGAGGGUUCUGAAGAAGCUGCAGAAGGUAAGGAAACAGAGGAAGUUGCUUCUGUGUCUGAAAGUGUUGGGGAAGAUUCAGAGUCAAAACAAGACACUGAGCAGGAUGAAACUACUUAUGGAGGCACUGAUGCUGAUAAUACAUUCAGUUACGAUCAACUGAAGGCUCAUUCUGAAAAUCCUGUAACUGGGAUUGAUUUUAAGCGGAGAGAGGCCUACCUGUCAGCAGAGGAUUUUGAGAAUAUAUUUGGAAUGCCGAAAGCAGAAUUCUAUAAAUUGCCAAAAUGGAAGCAGGAUAUUCAGAAGAAGAAAGUUGAUUUAUUUUAGCUUAUCACAUCCACCAGAAGGAAUGGUUUCUCUGACUUACACUGCCUCAUUCUUUAUGGUGAUCUUCACUGCUCUGUCGGAAAUUUGUGGUUUCUACUCCUUGCCUGGC